CGCCCCACCCGCCGAUAUCUCUGCCCCGGGCGGCGCUGCUUCCUUUCUCCACGGGAUUGCAGCGUGGUGGUGUGAGGCGCGGCCUAGACAUGCAGAACGACGCCGGCGAGUUCGUGGACCUCUACGUGCCGCGGAAAUGCUCCGCCAGCAACCGCAUCAUCGGUGCCAAGGACCAUGCGUCCAUCCAGAUGAAUGUGGCAGAGGUUGACAAGGUUACCGGCAGGUUUAAUGGCCAGUUUAAAACUUAUGCUAUCUGUGGGGCCAUUCGCAGGAUGGGCGAGUCUGAUGACUCCAUUCUCCGAUUGGCCAAGGCCGAUGGCAUCGUCUCAAAGAACUUUUGACUGGAGAGACCACAGGUGUGAAACACUUGUCAUAAAUAAACAGUGACAACCUCUGUGUUGGUGCAUUCUA